AUGUGGGUGCUCUUCACGCUGAUCAGCUUCCUCGUCGCUCAGCAAGAUUUUUUCCGCGUGGUGCAGAAAGUAGAGGCUAUGAGGAAAGAACAACUCAAAAUCGACGACUCAGAAAUAAUCUCUAUCCUUGAUGCAUCGUACAGAUCGGCGAAAACUAUUACACUGUGCAUGACCUUCCUGGGGGGUACUUCACCUGGCGUCUGGGCCAUCAUUCCCACCAUCAUGCGGAAGUUCGGCAUAUUUCCACCAGAUAGGGAACUACCGGCGACUGCCUGGUACACCAGCAGAGACACUGACAGUCCCAACUACGAGAUACUCAGCACAUUGCAGUACUUCAGCAUGCAGUACGGCUUCUUCACUGGGGUGGCCUCGGACCUGCUGUUUGUUUCCAUUGUAAUUCACGCAGCUGGACUACUGGAGGUUCUGAACGCUAGAUUGAGACGUGUUGGGGAAAUGUCUCGAAAGCGCAGCGUUAACACUCGCAAACCAGAUAAGCCACCAGAAAAGCUUUCAGAUGGCGUUUCCUCUGCUGAAAUAAUGUGGAAAGACCUUUGCAUAUGCAUCAAGUACCAUCAAGACAUCAUAGAAUUAAUUAAAGAAACUGAAAGACUGUUGAGCAAACUUGUCCUUCUACAGUUCAUGGGAGCAACUGUUAUUAUUUGCGUCACAUUGUACCAAAGUUCUAAGAACUCUCGACUUGCAAAGUCCGCCUAUUCCUGUGUCUGGCCGGGGGCACCACUAAAACUGCAGCGCGCCCUGGUGUUCAUCAUCUGCAGGACUCAGAGGCCACUCGGACUGACCGCCGGCAAAUUCUACUACGUCUCACGAGAAACGUUUGUGCGGCUGAUGAGUGCUUCGUACUCCUACUAUGCUCUCCUCAACCAGGUGAACGACAAAUGA